AUGUUGAGUCGAACUUCUGGCCAGCAAGUCGGUUCAACACUUCCUUCUAAAGAUCUCGAUCAAGAACCUGGAAGAAUAUUCAUGUUCAACAACCGAAUCAAGAAUCAACUUAUUCUUUACAGCAGCGAAUAUGUCGGAUCAGUGGAAAUAAAAAUCAGGGAUGCGGCUUAUCAAGCAGAAGAUGCAAUUGAAUCCCGCAUGUGCAAUCCUGUUAUUUCACAAUCUAGAAGUCAUGGACAUGAGAGUUCUUUACAGCACCUACAUUCUGUGCUCUCAAUAUCAGAUUUGCAGAAGAUAAUAAAAGAAUUUUAUUCCAUCAUGGAAGAGAGUACUCUAGUGGGAUUUGAGGAAGAUUUGAAGCAAGUAAGGGAUCUACUCUGUAAUGGAUCAUCUGGACCCCAAAUCAUUCCCAUUGUUGGGAUAGGAGGCAUUGGCAAAACUACUCUAGCUAGGAAUGUUUGUGAUGAUUCAUAUGUUGCGUACUACUUUCACAUUCGUGCUUGGGUAACGCUAUCUCCAUAG